GCCGGGACGUGCCCAGAAACCACGGCCAGGGUUCCCCCAAACCGGGCCGGUCUGCACCCAGCCAGCUCAGGUGACCAGGCGGGCGCCGGGCACACCUGGCGCCGUCCUCUGACCCCGCCCCGGGCCCGGCCGCACCCCGGAACGCUCUCCGGGAGAGCCGGCGCGGCGGAGCACAGCCAUGGCCGCGGCGCCCGCGGUGGGCGCCCCGCAGGGGUCCCCCCCCGGCGCGCCGUCCCCGCCGGCCGCCGCGCCGGGGCCUGCGUCCGGCCUGGGCCGCUGCCGGAUGGCGCUGCUGCUGGCCGUGGCGCUGGACGUGGCGGGCAUGGCGGCGCUGCUGACCGGCGUGUUCGCGCAGCUGCAGGUGCGCGGCCGCGACUUCGGCGACCUGCUCAUCUACUCGGGAGCGCUGCUCGUCUUCCUGAGCCUGCUCGGCUGGAUCCUCUGGUACACCGGCAACAUCGAGAUCUCGCGCCAGGAGCUGGAGCGCGACUACGGCCUGCGGCCCUCGGCGCUCGCCCGCCUGGCGCGCAAGCUCUCCCGCCGCUGGUCCGCCCCGGCCUCCUCCGGCCCGCGCGCCGCGCCCGGCUCCCGGGGGACGCGCCGCGCCGCCCGCGCGCCCCCGCCGCCCGCCGCCAGCUCCCGCCGCGUGCGCCUGCAGCUGGCUACGCUCGAGGCCGCGCCCGGGGCGGCGGGCGCGGGCCCCGAGUGAGCCCGAGACGAACCCAUGGCCCCACCUGUUGGGACUGGACCGGACGUGCAGCUGCGCCCAACAUCAUUUGGCCGCCAGGAUGCCUACCUGUCCUCCCCUACUGUCCCCCGGAUAAAUGGCUCUGCCUCCUA